UGAUUGCAAGUUGGAAUCACUCUAAUUUGACAGCCCUGAUGGUCAACAAGUCUUUUGGCACUCCAGUGCUCACAUACUGAGCGAAGCAAUGGAACGUGUCUACGGAGGUUGUCUCUGCAUCUUGGAGAUAAGAAAAUUUCAACCCUGAACUUCCCUUUUCUUGAAUCUUUGUGGAAGGACAUUGUAAAAGAAAAGGCAACCAUUUGAGCGUCUGGAAAUGACUAAAGAAGAUUUUUUGAAGAUGUUUGAGUACAACGAGUUCAAAGUGAGAAUACUGAAAGAAAAAGUUCAGACUCCAACUACUACAGUCUACAGAUGUGGGCCGUUGAUUGAUUUGUUUCGUUGUCCUCAUCAGACACACGGGUAUGCUCGGGGCAUUGUCCCCAGGUGCGAUGCAUCCAGCAUUCGCGACUCGAAUGGGAUUCCCUGGUGGACCAAUGCUAACGCCGAUGAUGCAUCCACGCUUCAGAUGAUUACCUCAAGCUAACGGGCCUAAUCUAUCACUGCAUUUUGUGCUUUGGGCCCAGCCCUGACUUGGUCUCAAGUGAAAAAUUUACUGACUCAAAUCAAUAAUAUAAUUGUAUGUAAUAUAAUUACUAUGCA